GCACGAAUAUGUGCGUGUGCGUGUAGAGCGCAGCAGCGUCUUACCAGCUUCCCAAGGACAGAUGCCAGUAUGUGUGCUUAGAGCGAGAAACUACAGUAUUAUCUCACAACGCAUAGGAGCUGAAGUCAGCGGUCAGUGAUGAUAUCACUCAGGUAUUGUCUAACCUUACCCAAAUCCUAGCCACAUUACCAUGGCAACAGGAAGAAAAGGUUCCACCUCCAAAGCAGGUGGGGUGCAUUUCCCUGAUGAUGAGGAGCCCCCUGGCUCUCCAACACGGAGAGAUGACCAAUCAAACCUUGCUACUCUCAUUGCUGUCUUAGAGAAGGAUGGCAGCUACUUGGUGAAGGCUGGUUUCCUGAAGAGCCACCACCGUUAUGAAAUUGUCUUCACAGUCCCAGAUGUCCCCACACUGGGCAAAGAGCUCUCAUGUCUUCCUUCCUUUUCUCCUACUCGGCAGUCACCCAGCCUCCGGGUCCAACGUAUUUACUCCACAGUAGAGGGAGGUGUAAAGGUAUCCUGUGAGUACAGAACCCACCAGGAGGGGGUGCUACAGGAGGAAAUCACACUGGUUACCAGAGGGAGAAAAGACAACAGUCUAAAGGUCAGACUCCAGGCCAGGGUCAUUGACCCCCAUCAUGGCACUCCCAUGCUGCUGGAGGGGGUGAGGUGUCUGGGGCCCAAGAAAGAUUCCCACACAAAGCACAGCAGUGAUCACAACGGAUGGCUGAUGAGAGUUGGUUCAUUCGGAGGGGGCUCCAGACAGAGGCAGAAUCUGGAUGGAUUAAGAUGCAUCACCACUUCUUCCACACAAGGCUAGCUACAUAUUUUCUUCAUCUAUUGGUUGUGCUCACAGUUUUACAUGUCUGUGGACUUUUUUACUGAAUUUUCUUCUUCCCCCUUUAGUGACAUAGGUGCCAUAAGCAGCAUAGGUAUCGAACAGGGUUCUCCAAAAAAAAAAAUUUUUUUAAUUGAUAUUUGGACACUAAUUGACACCAAAAGCUACUAUCGAAUUAGGUAAUUAUUUGCAACUGUAUGCUGAGGGAGCUAGGCACCAAAUGUAAUCAGUCCUGCCUGUAUGUAGCUUUAAGACACUGUUAAUUUAAUGGGAUAACUGUUUGUGACUCAAAAGUGUUUCUUUUUUUUAAAGUCCCUGAUUGAAGUUGUAAAAUGUCUACCAGCAGCCAAACAGAAAUGGUAGCAUUAUACCUUUACCAAAUAUUUGAUCGGCAAUGAAAAUAUUGUGCAGAGUCACCAGAAGUACAGGAAAUAAACAGGGCUGCAGCAGAAGACAGUUGCAUAGUCCACCAUUGUUCUAAUCUUUAUUUAAAAACAAUUAUGCAUUUUAGUUUUGUUGGGUUUUUUUCACCCCCUUGUGGUUUCAAAAUGCAUCGAGUAUUUUCCUGGGUAUCAGUACUGAAUUUGAAUAGUAGUAUUGUGACAACCCUAAAUGUCAGUAUCAGAUGUUUGGUACUAUGGAAAUCGCAAGUUAUUAUCACUUAAUUGCCAAAGUAAUAUUCAAGUAAUAGCCAAGCAAUGAAAGUAACAAAUUGAAAUUUAUAUAACUGUUUACGAACAGGCCAGUAAUAAUAUGGAAACAAAUGUAUGCCUAUGAGGCAAAAACAAUUGGUAAUAGUGUAGUUAUAUAUUGGUAAGAAUAUGAUAAUUUGCUACCAAUAACAUGCUAAUAUGUGUGCAUUAAAAUUUUUGACCUUUUCUGACUUGUGGUAGUAACCUCAUAAUAAUAAAGGUAAUAUUGGUUAAUGCUUUAAUAUAUUAGGAUACUAUUAUCAUGUUACAGUGCUAGAAUUAAUCCUGCUUUAUGUCCCCAGCAUUUUUCUUUGUUUGCCUGUAAAAAUUGAAAUACUGUUUUAAUGUUGUGGCUUAUUACUUGGAAAUGUGUACUAGUUUCUGUGUAAUAGCCAGGUAUUAGGACUGUAAAAUACAAAAAUGUAUUAAAAUGGAAUUAGAUUUUUUUAACCUAUUAGAGCAAACUUCAAGAACUGUGAUGAUUACCUAAAAUGCAAAACAAUAUGUUUCUACUGCAUUUCAUAGUAAUAUUUCCUAGGACCAGAAAAAUGCACUACUGACAUGAGGAUAUUGUCUAAAAUUGAAAAAAAAAAAAAAAAAACGAUGUGAAUAAAAAGGAAUCCAUAGGUAAUGAUCAUAAGCUCCAGGUAAACAUUUCAGCAUACACUGUUGAGAAUCAGGCUGAACAUGUUGAUAUGUUGGUUUUAACAUCUUAAAAUCAUUACAUUACAUAAAAUCAUUAUAAGCGCUUUGAGUGCUCAUAUCUGAGUAGAAAAGCGUUAUAUAAGAACUAGUCCAUUUACCAUUUACCAUUACACUUGUGAUAUACAUAAAUGUCCUCAUGGGAAAUAUGUAAUUGGUUUAAAAAUCAAAACAAUUGCAUUCCGAGCUUGUUUUUUUUAACAGAAAAAUAAAUCACAUAUUUUUCAUGAGCUUCAGUGGUGGUUCAGCAAAACUAGCAGGUUACACUUUUUUAACACCAUGAAAAAUAUUCAUCAUGAAUCUUGACUGAAAGUGAACUGGAAUUUUAACUCUAGUGACUCCAGUAAGCCGAAGACAUUUAACAUGAGAAUUUUGAACAGUUUGUGUGAACAUGUUGAUUCUGGAUGUGUACUCUGUAGUGUACACAUUAUGGUCCUCUGUCGUUUCACUAACCUGUCUUUCUUUGCACUUGUGACCUGACCAUCUGUCUGAUUGCCUAAAUGUAAAUAAAGCACCCCUCAGAUGUA